UGUCACGAAGCAGAGCAAAUCAGAAACGCCGCCAUGGAUAAAUCCAUAAACCCACAUAUGAAGAAAGCUGAAAUACUCUAAAUAACGUUGGGGUGAACAGUUCACAUCGAAGCUUGAAGGACACAAAAUAUUUUCAUCGUAUUUUAGCAAAGGGCAGAAGUACAGGAAGCUAUACAAGAGAGUUAUUUUUAUGGCAAAACAAAAAGCCGAUUCGAGUGAUGAGAAGGAUGCGGAAGAGUGCCUGAUGACUGAGAAGUCCGUAGACGAACAGGACAUAGAAACGUCUACACAUGACGAUCCUUGCUCCCCUGAACAACCUGUUACCAUGACAACCAAACAGAAGAAACGUGAACAGUGCUCAAUUUUGUUAAACGUUUUCAUCUGUUCUAUUUCUUUCACUCUCCUUUUUACUGCCUACAUAUCGCUACAGAACCUUCAAAGCAGUCUGAACUCACACAAAGGACUUGGCCUGGCUUCCCUGUGUGUCAUUUAUGGACUCAUGAUGCUCUCAGCGAUAUUUGUGCCUCCUUACAUGAUAUCCCGUGUGGGAUGUAAAUGGACCAUGGUCAUCUCCAUGUCUGGUUAUUUCGUGUAUACUGCUGCGAAUUACUAUAGUACAUGGUGGACUCUCAUUCCUGCUUCUAUUAUCAUAGGGACAUGCGCAGCACCAUUAUGGUCUGCCAAAUAUUCCUACCUGACAACUGCUGCCUUGCGGUACGCUAAACUCACUGGAGAACCAGAACAAGCAGUGAUGGCGAGAUACUUUGGCUUGGCGAGCUGCUUCUUCACUCUUGCGCACAUCACAGGGAACUUGAUAUCAUCGGUAGUGCUUCAGAAAAACACAGGUUCUGAUGUUUUCAGAUCCGAUGCUCACAAGGUCUGCGGUGCACGUUAUGAUCAAAUGCCGGCAGUACCAUCGUCUAAUGUCACGGUCCCUUUAUUCAAGCCUGCGCAUUCUCUAGUUAUAAAUAUGCUGUCUGUUUACUUGGCCACUAGCGUAUUGGCUCUUCUUAUUGUGGCGGUUUUCCUUAAAAGGUUGAAAAACACUUCUUCCAGUAGUGAGAACAGAAAAAGUGGGAUGCAGGCUUUCAUGGCAACGAUACAUCAGCACAAAGACAGACGAUUACUUCUCAUCAUACCUUUAUCGGUAUUUAUUGGUGUGAAAUCUGCAUUCGUUUUUGGAGAUUUCUCGGUGGCGUAUGUGACAUGUACCAUCGGCAUCCAUCGUGUUGGAUAUGUUAUGAUGGUGUUCGGUGCGACUGCUUCUAUAGCCUCGGUUCUCGUUGGACGAAUCACAAUACACACUGGAAUAAAACCCACAAUAUUCAUGGGGUCUAUGAUAUACACGGUAUCAGUGUUGAUACUGUUGUUAUGGAAACCGAGCGCUUCGUACGUGUGGGUGAUCUAUGUGUUGUCCGUCAUGUUGGGUCUGUGUGAUGGACUUUUUGAAACUCAAAUCCAUGCUAUAUAUGGCCACUACUUUCAAGACAACAAAGAACCAGCCUUUGCUAGUUUUUGUUUAUGGAGUUCUUUCGGGUUUUCCAUGGCGUUUGGCUAUGCCAAUUUCGUAUCAGUGGGUGUCAAGUUGUGCUUAUUGAUGACCUUCUUAGUCAUUGGGAUGUUUGGUUACUUGAUAGCCGAAAGAAUUCAAAAUAGAAACAACAAACCGUUGAAUGUCCAAGCAGAGGAAAAACCGCUGCAAACAGUCGGGCAAAGCAGGGGUGUCGACGAUAUUGAAGUUAUAACUUCAAUUUGAUCUAAGAAAGGUUUUUGGUUAAAUUCAAUUAUAAAACUAGGAAUACCAUUUUUGAUAAAUAAAAAAAUUGGAAGAAAAGGGAAAAAGCAAUUAAUAUGAUGAAAAUUCCUUAACAAAAGAUAUGUAUCGUCAUAAAGUAUUUUAUAUUGAAUAAAGGGAUCCAGGAUCAUUUGAUAGGUUUUUGUGUCAAUAAUACUUACCCAUAAUGAAAAUUGUUCGCUGAUCUCCGUUUAGGUCGAUCUACUCACAGAAAUCCCAAACAAGUAUAGGAAAUAUGAGGGAAUGUUCAAMAACGCUUUAUCUUUUCAUUUUAAGACCCAUGCAUUCCGAAUUCCCUAUCGGCUAAAAUAAACAUACACACGUUUGGAGGAUUUUCAGCUUGCCUUGGUAAUGGGCUUUUUUAGUUUUCAUCCCGAGACAGCCAGUCAGUUGCAAAUUGGGUACCUGGUCCAACCAUGGGCACAAAUAAAUUUAACA